AGGCCGGCAUGAAUCAGUAAACGUUCAUUUGCUGCCAGCCUCCCAGUUCAAAUAGAUUGGAUGUCUACUAGUGAUAACACAUUACAUUCACAGCAGAAGGAUUAAAUGAGACACAUGAUUGGAUGGAUGCCUGUUAUCUUCAAUGGCACCAAAAGAGCUCAAGGAGUUCCAGCAGAAGAGCUCUCCAACCAAUAUUGGAGAAGAAAAAGGCGGAGUUGGAGGAGGAGUUUUAGGCGGCUCAGGAGCCAAGAAGAAAAGGAAAGUGAAGGAACCCAAGUAUGAUGCACCGUCGAGUGACAGAAACUCUCCAGACAAUUUUGACAAUAUUCUCAAAGCACUUAGUCAAAGCAAUGGAGUAGUCCUGCCUGCGUAUGGCAAAAGUCAGGCCAUAGCUGACAUGGAAAGCAUCGGUUCUUCGGGCCCACCGCUAACGAACGAGCUCGACCGGCACUCACCUCUGUCUAACUCUACUAGCACUAAUACUACUACUAACCUCCAGAAUGCCAGCCACCAAACUGACAUGCUGCAGGACUACCCUGACACCAAUGGGAAUGAAAGUUUAACGGAGGAAAAUCGACAACUGUCUUCCACAGAGAGUCUGCGACAGCUCUCGCAGCAACUCAACGGCCUGGUCUCUGAAUCAUCAGCUGUACACGUGAAUGGCGACAGUGCCUCACCUGUCGGCGAGAGAGAAUUGGAUAGUCGGAACCAGGAGCUGUCUGCUGCCCUGGAGUCCAGCAACUUAACAAACUCUCAGCUCAAUACCAAGCUUGAUCAGCUGGCACAGCAAUCUCAGGAGCUCAACGAUCAGCUGCAAAAGGAGCGAAAGGAAUUUGAGCAAAAGUUUUCCAAAGAGCAGGGAGCCAUGCGGGAACAAUUACAGGUUCACAUUCAAACCAUUGGAAUACUGGUGUCGGAAAAAUCAGAGCUACAGACCGCAUUACAAUACACACAACAGGCUGCCCGCCAGAAAGCAGUGGAAGCAGAGGAGUUGAAUAGUCGACUGCAGACAACAAAGCAGAGAGUGUCAGAGCUGGAGAGAACGCUGUCAUCUGUAUCGACACAACAGAAACAGUUUGAAAAGCACAACAAAGACUUAGAAAAAGAGAGAGAUGCCAUGAGACUAGAGUUAUUUAGACAAAAUAAUUUAAACGAUGAGUCCAAACAGCAGAGCUCGGAGCUUUCAGAGCAGCUACGGCAGAGAGCACAAGAGACAACAUCGUUAAGGCUGGAGGUGGAGGAUCUCCGCAAGAGACUUGAGAUUGCUGACCUCAUGUUGCAGCAAUGCUCUACCCAGUCGGAUCCCAGUAGUUCCAGUCAACAGAUCCAGUUGCUGCUGGAGGAAAAGCAGCAGAUGGAAGUGCACAACCACCAGCUGAUGGAGUCGGUUGCUCAGCUAAAGACAGAGAGAGACUGCUACGCAGAGCAGAUCCAGGAGGGAGGCCGCGUUUGGAAGGACAAAACGGAGCAGCUGCUAACACAAGUGUCACUGGUUGCAGAGGAGAGGGACAGAAACAUUGAAAAAGUCCAACAACUUGAAGCUACAAUCUCAGAGCUAAGAAAUGCUGCAGCUUUACUGUCCCAAGAGAGAGAAAAUCAGAGUGCUGCAGAAGCUCUGUCCUCAGGCCCGUCAGAGAAUGAAUUAGCUUUACAGGAAGCACUCAAAACUCUGGAACAGGAAAAAGAUUCCCUUGAAGCGCAGUAUCAGUCCCAACUGUGCGACAAUGAGCAGCUGAGUCGACUAUGCUCGGAGCAAGAGUCACGUCUGUUGGAUCUGGAGCAGCAGGCGCAUAGUCAGGCCCAGGAGGCUGAGGACCGUCGUCGCAUGCUAGAAGAUGUUCAAUCGGACAAAGCGACCAUCAGUCGCGCUCUAACGCAGAACCGAACGUUGAAGGACCAGCUUGCUGAGCUGCAGAACGGCUUUGUUCAACUGACAAAUGAGAACAUGGAGCUGACCAACGCCAUUCAGUCAGAGCAACAUGUUAAAAAAGAGCUGGCGCGUAGGAUGGGAGAGCUUCAAGAGCAGCUGCACAAUGUCAAAGAGCAGCUGGAAGAGAAAUAUAAGGAAGCUCAAGGGCUAGCUGAGCAGAGGGACCAGGUGGCAGCCCACCUGCAGCAGUACAGCGCCGCAUACCAGGCGCUGGCCUCCGAGAGGGAGCAGCUCCAUCAGCAGUAUUUCACACAGAGCCAGCUCAUGGACCGACUGCAGCAUGACGAAUCCCAGGGCCGUGCUCGGCUGGAAGUCAGCCAAAACGAAUUGAAGCGAGCACAGGAGCACAUGAAUCAUUUGGUAAAAGAUAACAAGCAGUUAAAGGCUGAGGUGAGAGAGCUGCUCAACAGUUCAGAUCUUGCCAUGACUACUAGAGAUGAAGGAGAUGGAGUGGAGAAUCAGUUGCUUCAACAGAAUAUGACAGAGUCCUCCUCCAUUGUCAUCCCGCAAGACUUUGAGAGUGAGAAAGAAAUGGAAGAGUUCAUCCGUUCCACGUUGACUCGAUUGGAGGCGGAGCGGGAUGAGGCCUGGAGGCAAUUGAAGGAGGAGCGCCGACUCCAUGCGGCUGCGAAACACCAGGCCGCUGUUGCACUCAGCCUCCGGCACGACGAGCACCACCAUGAUCAUCACCAUGAUCACCAUCAUGACCACCACCAUGACCACCACCAUGAGCAUGAAGAUACUCAGGGCCAACAUAGUCACUGUGAACACCAUCACCAACAUUCAGAAGGGGGCAGCGUACCGCUGGAAGUUCAUCAGGCUUUACAGACAGCGAUGGAGAAGCUCCAGCAGCGGUUCACGUCGCUCAUGCAGGAAAAGGUCGACCUGAAGGAGCGCGUGGAAGAGCUGGAGCAUCGUUGCAUCCAGCUGUCCGGCGAAACGGACACAAUUGGAGAGUACAUUGCGCUGUACCAGAGCCAGAGGGCCAUCAUGAAGCAGAAACACCAAGAGAAGGAGCAGUACAUCAGCAUGCUGGCUCAGGACAAAGAGGAGAUGAAGGCUAAACUAGAAGAACUGCAGGACCUCGUCAUGAGGCUGGUGGCCGAGCGGAAUGACUGGUACAGUAGGUACGCUGGCGCCGUAGGCAGCGCCGCCUCCUCUGAUCCUGACCUUCUUCCCGCCGGCGAGGACCGCCAAGCACAAGCCGAAGACUGCAGCGGACUUGAAGCAAUGGAGAUCAUCCCCCUUUCCGAGCCCAUCGCCCAUCAGGAGGCUCCCGCACCUGGAGCCCGUCCCCCCACUGAUUCCGAGCCUUCACCUCCGGCGUUGCCAGAGUCAGAUGGCACGGCACGACAGAUCAUGCAGCUGCUGCAAGAGAUCCGCAACCCGCCGCGGGCUCCCCCCUUCAUGGCUGACAACCCGUGCGUCCCCUUCUUCUACCGCCCUGACGAGCGGGACGAGGUGAAGAUCCUGGUCGUGUGAUGCCCUCGGCGCCGCUUGGACAUCAAUCGAACAGCGUAGAAAACGGCCGAAGCGCAAUAAGGGCCACGUGUCUCAUUACUUGCGACGCAUCAGGUUUGAAUGUACUACUUUAAAAAACUGGAGUUGUAGAAGUAUGUAGAGUUGAUGAGAAAUUAGUUAACUCUUUCAGCGUCAUUGACUAUGAUGGACAUUCACUCAUCCUUGUAUCAAUGAGUUUAUCACAAGUAGACCUCCAAUCCAUUUGAACUGGGAGGGUGCCAGUAAAUUAAUGUUCAUUCAUUCAAUGCCAUAACUCCUAGUUUAAAUGGAUUGGACAUUACCAGUGAUACGCUCAUUUAAAGAUGAAAAGAGCCUCAUGAUUGGACGUCUAUCGCCGUCAAUGAUAGCCAAUGAGUUAAUUGCACUAAAGCGGUUUGUACAAAGCUUGACGACGACGGACCCGAUGACGCCUCUGGCUGAGGUGUCCAUUUUUGAAGGAAAUAAGUAUGAUUGAUGGAAGAGUCAGUGACUAAAACUUUCUUGCAAAAUUUGCCAAAACUGUGUUCUUCAUCAAGUGUAUUGCUCAUAUUGUAUUGGGCAGCCAUGCAAAUUCUUCCUCAUUCCUUGCGUUCCAGCUGCUUCACUUUCUUGUUCCUCAUCGCUUCAUUUGUUACUUCACUUCCAAACACACCACCAUGGUCUCAUUGCCCAACUAUAGGGAGAAUCUGAACUCCAGUCAUGUUCAGAAAUGAUGGGACACUAGCAACAUCUACCAGUAAGUGUAUCUUUCAGCGGCUUGUAAGACUGGGCGUGUCUGGCCACACCUCAUAACAAAGUGCUAAUGAUGCUCCUAAAACAUAUGACAACAAAGCGCCAAUGAUAACACACAUAGAUAGAUGUUACAUAAAUGUAAUUUUAAUCUCCCAGCCUUGAGCUUUUGCUAGGUUCUGGUGCUAGCUUCCGCUACUACUAUCUUCCACUAGCUUCUGCUACCAUAUUCCGCCACCUUCCGCCAGGGGCACGGGGUCAUGGACCAUGGUUGAAUAUGGGUUACAAAUUGGGUUAGCUACAGACCACGUGCCAGUGACGCCCCUGUUUUCAGACGCUAGCAGCAGACCCUUGUAAGUUGGGUUUCUUUCGAGCAUCUAUAAAAAAGAUGUGAAAAUUGAUUUUCUCUUCACAUAAACAUGGAUGAUAGUUACUUUUUUCAGGAGCUAAAAUGAUUAACACUGUGCUCCCAUGAGGCCAUUUGUCAACAGCUCAAAAUUAAUAACUGUCAAAGCUGUAGAUUUGCUUUAUCAGCAGUUUUUCAAAAAUUGAUUGAUACUAGAGCAUUGAAUUUAUAAGUGGCCCCGAAACGUUUGGAAAUUCUUGCUAUUUAUUCAUAAAGUAGGGUGGUAUUUUUUUUAUGCUGUUACUUUGUAUUGAAAGAUGGGACUGAGAGGAAGAAAAUUAUCAUAAAAGUCUGGUGGAGUGUAAAUACUGUAAGUGUGUAUGAUAUUGUAUAUUUAUGUGGUUGGGCGUGUACGUGCGGGAUGUGCUGUGGGAGGCGGUUAAUAACAAGCAGAGAUUUAAUACAAAGAAUGACUAAAAGAGAGGAUAUAUUCUAUUUAUUAUUAGUUUGGAAUGAUUAAGUGUCUCAACCAAUCAGUUUUUAUGUUUAAGAAGAUGCAAGUAAACAUUUUCUGGCUUUGAUUUUUAUUUUAUUUUUUUGUUUCUCUCUACUGAAUAAAACUGAUUGCGCAACAUCA